AUGAACCAGGAGCCUGCUUUGAGGAUCGUCACCUUUGAUGACAUCAUUUCAGAGGAGGAAAUGGCUGAGUUGUUGGCUUCCACGAAGGUCUUCAAUCAAUCCAGAGAUCAAGGCGAGGCCAAUGCCUUUGGAAUGCAAGAGGGAAUUAUUUCAUCCAAGCGAACCUCGCAGACGGCUUGGUGCCAAGAUACCUGCAAAGAGCUCCCCAGCUACAUCGCCGUGAUAAAUCGAAUCGCAGAGAUUGUCCAGGUGCCAAGUGAGAACUUCGAGUCCAUGCAAUUUCUGAAGUACCACGUUGGCGAGCGCUACGUAGAGCACCAUGACAUGAACAACGAAAAGGACAAUGACUUCGCUUGUGGUCCCCGGAUUUACACCUUCUUCCUCUAUCUUUCGGAUGUGGAGGAAGGUGGCGAGACGCAUUUCACGCAGCUCAACCUCUCCGUGAAGCCACGCAAAGGCUCUGGUCUUCUUUGGCCUUCCGUUCUCUCGGAGAAUCCCACCGUGCAGGAUGAGAGGACGAUGCAUGAAGCCAAGCCUGUCCUUCGUGGCAUGAAGAUGGCGGCGAAUGUGUGGGUUCAUCUCUACGACUUCAGCACUCCCAAUCACUGGGCCUGCACCGGUGGCGGUCGUUGA